AACAGCUAGACUUGUGCCGGGAUUUAUCCAAGCUUGAUAUUUCAGAUUCCUCUGAUGUAAAACAGUCGCUAAAGCUUGGCAUUCUUCCUCUAGUUCGUUAAACCUCUGAAAAACCCUACUCCAUUUUUUUGGCAUUCUGAAAGUAAUUAACACCCUCCAUGGCUUCCCCUACCGAGACUUCAGAAUCUUUCAAACCCUACGAGCUUAAAUUCACUCUCUCCGGCCACAAACGCGCUAUCUCCAGCGUCAAAUUCUCCGACGAUGGCAAAAUCCUAGCCACCUCCUCCGCCGAUAAAACUGCCCGAACAUGGGAUGUCUCCGACGGAUCCCUUCUUCACGAAUUCCUAGGUCACGAACAGGGUAUCUCCGAUGUUGCCUUCUCAUCCGACGGCCGUCACCUAGUUACUGCCUCCGAUGACAAAACUGUACGAUUAUGGGACGUUUCCACCGGUUCCCAUAUCAAAACCCUUACAGGUCACACAAAUUAUGUUUUUUGUGUUAACUUCAAUCCCCAAGCUAAUAUGUUGGUUUCUGGGUCGUUCGAUGAGACGGUUAGGUUAUGGGAUGUGAAGACUGGGAAGUGUCUCAAGGUGCUGCCGGCGCAUUCCGAUCCUGUGACGGCUGUGAAUUUUAAUCGGGAUGGUUCGUUGAUUGUGUCAAGCAGCUAUGAUGGGUUGUGCAGAAUUUGGGAUGCUUCAACUGGGCAUUGUAUGAAGACCAUUAUUGAUGAUGAAAACCCACCUGUGAGCUUCGUCAAGUUCUCGCCCAAUGGCAAAUUUAUACUCGUUGGCACUUUGGAUAAUUCUCUGAGGCUUUGGAACUUCUCGACAGGAAAAGUUCUGAAAACUUACACGGACCAUGUCAACUCAAAGUACUGCAUUUCAUCAACAUUUUCCAUAACAAAUGGGAAGUAUAUCGUUAGUGGUUCUGAGGAUAAUUGUGUAUAUUUAUGGGAACUCCAAUCAAGGAAGAUAGUUCAAAAAUUGGAAGGACAUACUGAUACUGUGAUUUCUGUAUCAUGCAACCCCACUCAGAACAUGAUUGCUUCUGGUUCUCUUGGGAAUGACAAGACUGUGAAGGUAUGGACUCAGGGGGGAGACUAAGUAUUCUUUUAUUUAUGCCAAAACAUUUGUGCAGUUCAAUUAGGUGAUGUAGCAGAAUUGCUGCAUCUUUUCGGCUGUAUCUUGUAGAUUAUGACAGUUGUCAUUUUGAGGUUCUUUCAGCUUUUGUCUUAGUUAUUGUAUUUCAGGAAUUUGCUUAAAACUAAAUGAAAGUACUUC